CGCCGCUCUGUUUGUACACAGCGCGCCCGGCUGGGUCCCGGCUCGGCGGCCUUUGCCCGGCGCAGACAGCGCAGGGCGGAACCCGAUUCUCCUCGUCCUGCUCCGCGGCAUCCUCCUUCUCCUCCUCGGCUCUGGCUCCCGUCUUCCCCGCCGUCCUCCGCCGACGCCGCACACCCGGCCCUCACCAGCCCGGAGCCCGCCCGGGCGGGGUCCCCUCCCGCGUCCUCGGCCCGGCCCUCGGCGUCCGCAGCAUGCCGCGCUCGGCGGCCGCCUGGCUUCUGCUCGGGCUCAGCCUCGGAGUCCCCCGGCUCUGCAGAGGCGAUGCGUGCGACCCAAACCCAUGUGAAAACGGGGGCAUCUGCUUGUCGGGGCUGACGGAUGAGUCCUUCUCCUGUGAGUGUCCAGACGGCUUCACGGACCGCAACUGCUCUAGUGUUGUGGAGGUUGCAUCAGAUGAAGAAGAGCCAACUUCAGCAGGUCCCUGCAUCCCUAAUCCGUGCCACAAUGGUGGAGCCUGUGAGAUCAGCGAAGCUUACCGAGGGGACACCUUCAUCGGCUAUGUCUGCAAAUGUCCCCGUGGGUUCAACGGGGUUCACUGUCAGCACAACAUCAAUGAAUGUGAAGCUGAACCUUGCAAAAACAGUGGAAUUUGCACAGAUCUUGUUGCUAAUUAUUCCUGUGAGUGCCCAGGAGAAUUUAUGGGAAGAAAUUGCCAAUAUAAAUGUUCAGGCCCAUUGGGAAUUGAAGGGGGAAUCAUAUCAAAUCAGCAAAUCACAGCAUCCUCUACCCACCGAGCCCUAUUUGGUCUCCAGAAGUGGUACCCCUACUACGCGCGUCUCAACAAGAAGGGGCUUAUCAAUGCCUGGACAGCCGCAGAGAAUGACAGAUGGCCGUGGAUUCAGAUAAAUUUACAAAGGAAAAUGAGAGUCACUGGGGUGAUUACCCAAGGAGCCAAGAGAAUCGGGAGCCCAGAGUAUAUAAAGUCCUACAAAAUUGCCUACAGCAACGACGGGAAGACGUGGGCCAUGUACAAAGCGAAGGGGACCAGCGAAGACAGGGUGUUCCGUGGAAAUGUGGACAACAACACGCCUUAUGCGAACUCGUUCACGCCACCCAUCAAAGCCCAAUACGUGAGACUGUAUCCCCAGGUGUGUCGGAGGCACUGCACUUUGCGGAUGGAACUUCUGGGCUGCGAACUGUCAGGCUGCUCAGAGCCUUUGGGAAUGAAAACAGGACACAUCCAAGACUACCAGAUCACAGCCUCUAGCAUCUUCAGGACCCUCAACAUGGACAUGUUCACCUGGGAGCCCCGGAAGGCCCGGCUGGACAAGCAGGGCAAGGUGAAUGCGUGGACCUCUGGCCACAACGACCAGUCUCAGUGGCUGCAGGUGGAUCUGCUUGUCCCUACCAAAGUGACUGGCAUAAUCACACAAGGAGCUAAAGAUUUUGGUCAUGUCCAGUUUGUUGGGUCUUACAAACUGGCCUACAGCGAUGAUGGGGAACACUGGAGAGUGUACCAGGAUGAAAAGCAAAGGAAAGACAAGGUUUUCCAGGGCAAUUUUGACAAUGACACCCACAGGAAAAACGUCAUUGACCCUCCCAUCUAUGCACGGCACAUCCGAAUCCUUCCGUGGUCCUGGUACGGGAGGAUCACGCUGCGGGCGGAGCUGCUGGGCUGCACGGAGGAGGAAUGAGAAAGCCACAUGCUCCACGAGCCUUUUCUUUAACCCCUACAAGUAUCUCCAUGGAAGGAACUGUGAAAUUCUGUAGGAAACUGGAUGGGAUAUUUUUUUUUUUUUUAAUGAAAAAGUGCUCAAAUUAUGGUAGGCCACUAACUGUCUUUUUAAGGAGGUCUAAGCUUGCCUUUUCAGUGAUUUGAUUUCUAGGGUUCAACUCUCUUCAGUAACAUCACAUUAACUGUGAAUUACUUUUUUCAUUGUUUUCUGGAUUAUUUACAUUGGUUGAAAUACCUGAGCAAAAGAAAGUAGCCUUCUUUUUAUAGCAAAGGUUAAAAAAUCCUCAUAGUUAUCAAAUAAAAGAAUAAGAGUUGAUAGAGCUUUUAAAAAUGAUGCUCAAAUCUUACGAAAAUACUACAAUGUUAGCAAUAAGUUUUUUUUAAUGACUUCGCAUUCUUGUUUCCCUGUGCCUAACACUCAAUGUUUAUGAGAGAACUUUGAAGAACACUCUGUAAUAUGCAGUACUAAUUAAUAUUAUAAUUUUCAUCUUACUUUCAUUAUGCUAAUUGGAGCUUGUAUCACCUUUUCCCUUUCACCCAAGUCUGCCCUCUUCUCUUUGCUUAUUGCCUGAAUGAGUCAGUAUUUUUCCAACUGAAGUUUUUCCUAUUCUUUGCCUAAGGGAAGUGUUGUCUUCAAUUAUAUCUCUAGAAUACGACUGAAUAUCAGUCAACUGAUCCAUACUUAAUAUCAAUUAAAUGUUUUAUUUUAAAGAACAGUGCAACUAUGUCAUUCCCAAGUAUUUCCCUUUUGAAGAAUUCCUUAUUGUCAUUUCACUGGGAGGAACAACAAAAAGUAUUUUGUCCCUUUACUUUUAAGUCUUUGUUUUGAUAGUCUUACUUAGCCUUAUAUUUAUUUUGAAACAGUAGAAUCAGGAAUUCUUUGUCUCUUUCAAAAACAUCUUGCAAACAAAAAAUGACACAGGGCUACACCUCCCAGACAAGCAUACUCAUCUUCCCAGGUUUCCUAUGAGCCAAACUUCUGUAGUAUUUGAAACUGGUGGUUGUUUCCCAGGAAAGCACCUUGUGUAACUAUUCGUAAUAAGCAAAGUAUUUCCUAAUGACAACGUUAUAAACCAUUCUCAAGACGAACAUUGAUUUCUAUUUAUUUUGCCUCAAAGGUCCUAAAAAGAUAAGCAAUUAUCAUAACAAUUCGUCACUGAUAAUGGAGGUUUCAUUGACAUGCCUCUCAAAUUAAAGCUCACCCUGCCCCCAUAAAAGUCCUCAGCCUCUAAUUUAUAAGCUUUACAAGUAUUUAUUUUACAAGGCUUAGACAGAGAAUUAUUGGAAUUUUAAAUUAAAGGUCCUGGAAGAGAAAGGAUGGUAUGUGUACGAAAUGUUAAGGUCCUGACAAACGCAGAUAAGUGUUUUUCGUUAAUACUUGUGCUGCAUCACAGAAGCCACUAGACUGUUAAUGUCCUGUUUGUCUUGUGUUACCACCAUUUCUCAGUGAUGUAUAUAUAUGUGCAGGGGUCUUCAAGCAUAGUGAAGAACUGAAAGAGAAAGCCAACCACACUGACGUUGUCAGUAAGGGCAAACUAACUGAUCUGAGGAGACUGACUGGCCAUGCGAGUUCCAACCUCACAUGUUUUCUACUUCAGCUUCUUCUAAUAACAUUGUGGACUUUAAGCCCCUGUUCAGUUUUCAACAUCUUUCAGAGACAAAUUGCUAUGUCUUCAGAAUUAUCUUUUGUAGUAAACUUUAAAGUUGGGAAUGCAAAAAUAUUUUUAAGUGAAUACAUUUUUUAAGUGACUACAUUUUAACUUAUGUUAUACAUAAUUACUAAGAUUCAAAAAUAUCCACACACUAACAGUAUAGCCAUUGAUUCUUACUUCUUUGGAGUUUAUAAAUUUCUGAAUGUUUUUCUUUCUGCAUUAUGCAAGAUUAUUAUUUUAAGAUUAUAUUUUAAAUAUUAUGAAUUGCACUUUCUGAUAAUUUACAUUUCCAAGUUUAUUCAUGGCUUUGUGUAGUGCUUUGAAUUUUUAUAUCAAUAGCUAUUAAAAAGGAGUUGGUUAAAAUUAUAUGUUACUUUUGGAAAGACACUGAAAUUACUUUCAUUUUCUUGUACAAUUAUUCUCUGUUUUAUUUGCUCUCCACAACACAGUGUGUCCAAUGGAAUAUUUGUCUCCUGAUGCACAAAAUAGAUGACAGCAAAGAGACUCCCACAUGUAGAAAUAUUCAUAAUUACUGUGAAACAAACAUUGUGUCGCUGACAUUAAAGUGAAGCAAAUUUAUUUUCUUCUAAUUCUCACAAAAAUAAAUCUUAUAAG